AUGUCUGACCGUGAGUCCUGUGCGGACCGAGCGAGCGGCGACGACUUCAUCCCUCCGAGGACGGCUCGGGGUCGGCGGAGCGGCGUGGUCCAAGACGCGGAGACGAUCCUCCUGGAGUCCGUGAAGGCAGGACCGCGGCGCAGCAGCAUCAUUAAGGUAAUCGACGUGCUCGGUCCAGACGUCACAAACGACGUGCACACGCUUUAUCACACGGUGGCUUUGACACGCACAUACAUGCUUCCCUUAGGCAGUAUUAUUAGAAAGCAUUGCUUACAUUUUCAUUGUUAUGCAGAUGAUACCCAGCUUUAUCUAUCCAUGAAGCCAGAGGACACACACCAAUUAGCUAAACUGCAAGAUUGUCUUACAGACAUAAAGACAUGGAUGACCUCUAAUUUGCUGCUUUUAAACUCAGAUAAAACUGAAGUUAUUGUACUUGGCCCCACAAAUCUUAGAAAAAUGGUGUCUAACCAGAUCCUUACUCUGGAUGGCAUUACCCUGACCUCUAGUAAUACUGUGAGAAAUCUUGGAGUCAUUUUUGAUCAGGAUAUGUCAUUCAAAGCGUAUAUUAAACAAAUAUGUAGGACUGCUUUUUUGCAUUUGCGCAAUAUCUCUAAAAUUAGAAAGGUCUUGUCUCAGAGUGAUGCUGAAAAACUAAUUCAUGCAUUUAUUUCCUCUAGGCUGGACUAUUGUAAUUCAUUAUUAUCAGGUUGUCCUAAAAGUUCCCUGAAAAGCCUUCAGUUAAUUCAAAAUGCUGCAGCUAGAGUAUUAAUGGGGACUAGAAGGAGAGAGCAUAUCUCACCCAUAUUGGCCUCUCUUCAUUGGCUUCCUGUUAAUUCUAGAAUAGAAUUUAAAAUUCUUCUUCUUACUUAUAAGGUUUUGAAUAAUCAGGUCCCAUCUUAUCUUAGGGACCUCGUAGUACCAUAUCACCCCAAUAGAGCGCUUCGCUCUCAGACUGCAGGCUUACUUGUAGUUCCUAGGGUUUGUAAGAGUAGAAUGGGAGGCAGAGCCUUCAGCUUUCAGGCUCCUCUCCUGUGGAACCAGCUCCCAAUUCAGAUCAGGGAGACAGACACCCUCUCUACUUUUAAGAUUAGGCUUAAAACUUUCCUUUUUGCUAAAGUUUAUAGUUAG